UGAAUAGUGGACGGAGAGGGAAAAAAAUAAUAAAAACCCGGGUUAACCUUUGAACCAUUUUGCUUUGUCCUCACAUGAAGAAGUCACAAGACGAGCUCCCGUAUACUUUCCCGAAUGAGUCCGCACGAAACGACACGCUCCAAACAAAGCGAGAAGGAAGACGCACACAUCAUGUCCUCUGUCCAUUUCAGCCCAGGCUCUGAUUCAGGUGUAAACGGAAACGUUGCAAAGAUGGAGGAUGCCAAAGUUAACAUUGACGAUGGAAAAGAUGAAAGCGUGCACCCAGACACAAUGUACCACAAUAUCCGAAAGAAGAUCGCCCCUUUUGUUAUGUCUUUUGGAUUCCGUAUAUUCGGUGUGAUACUGAUCCUGGUGGACUUUGUGCUGGUCAUUGUGGACUUGUCCCUGCCAGCCAAGAGCAGAGGGGUUGGAGAUGCCUUGGAGGUCGUAUCCCUCCUCAUCUCCUUCUUCUUCCUCGCUGACGUUCUCCUGCGAGUCUAUGUGGAGGGGUUAAAGGUUUACUUCAGCUCACAGCUGAACAUCGUAGACGCCUGCGUUGUGGUUAUCACGCUGGUGGUCACCAUGAUCUACACCUUCUCUGACCUUACGGGAGCCAGCCUCAUCCCCAGGGUGGUGACGUUUCUCCGUUUCCUGAGAAUCAUAAUCCUGGUGAGGGUUUUCCGACUGGCCGCUCAGAGGAAAGAGCUGGAGAAGGUCACCAGGCGGAUGAUUUCUGAGAACAAGCGGCGUUAUCAAAAGGAUGGAUUUGACCUUGACCUUACCUAUGUCACAGACCGCGUCAUCGCCAUGUCCUUCCCCUCCUCUGGGAAGCAGUCCUUCUACAGGAAUCCAAUCAAGGAGGUGGCAAGGUUCCUCGACACUAAACAUGAAGGCCACUAUAAAGUUUACAACCUGUGCAGUGAGAAAGGCUACGACCCGCAGUUCUUCCACUACAGGGUCGAACGGGUGUUCAUUGAUGACCACAACGUCCCCUCGUUGGGGGACCUGUUGAAAUACACCGCCAAUGUGAGGGAGUGGAUGUCAGCUGAUCCCCAAAACAUAAUUGCUAUUCACUGCAAAGGAGGGAAAGGUCGCACAGGUACGAUGGUGUGCACCUGGUUUAUUGACAGUGACCAGUUUGAGAGUGCAAAGGCCAGUCUUGAUUAUUUCGGUGAGAGGAGGACAGACAAGAGUCAGAGCUCCAAGUUUCAGGGAGUGGAGACGCCCUCUCAGAGCCGGUACGUCGGAUACUACGAGAUCAUGAAGAACAAGUUCAACAGACAGCUGCCGCCGCCUAGAAGCCUUGUGAUCAAGAGCAUCCGCAUCCACUCCAUAGCGGGUGUGGGUAAAGGUGACGGCAGUGAUCUCAGGGUCAAGAUAAUUGUGAAGAAAGAGCUGGUAUUUCAGUGUGUGUGCGGCAAACAGGAAAACUGCAGAGUUUUUCCCGAUGUGGGCGGUAAUGCAGCGGUCAUCAGCCUACAGAACGGGCCUGUGGUUGAGGGGGAUGUGAAGGUUAUGUUUGAAUCCAGUGCUGGUCUCCCAAAAGGAUAUGAAGAUGUUCCGUUCUACUUCUGGUUCAAUACAUCUUUCAUCGAGGACAACAGGCUGUUUCUUCCCAGAGAGGAGCUGGACAAUCCACACAAACCGAAGAUGUGGGAUCUGUACAAGGAGGACUUUGGGGUCACCAUGAUCUUCUCGGAGCCAUAAUACAGCCUUUCGGAUAUGAAGAGCGUAUGGCUUUUUGUAAUGAAUGCGGAGCAGAAAUUGAACACUAGUGCAAGAGAUGCAUACAGGAAGAGGCCUGAAAUGACAAAUGUCCAAAUGCUGUGAUCCUUUUGCUCAAUUGAAUGUUGUAGACUGCACUGUUGCUGGGUUUUGGCACUUAAACUUAUGACUUAUUAAAUUUCAUACGGUAAAGUUUUGUGGUGACUAUUUUUGGGAGGGUCUGAAUUAAACAUUUGCACCAAG